AUCAAUUAAGUAAAUUGUCCAGUACAACCGGAAGCUUACAAGAUUGCAAGGCAGUAGUGGCUUUUCAUUGUUCAGAAUGGGUCUACUUAAAAUUAUAAUUUUCAGCCUCAAUGCAUCUUGCGGAAUGAAUCCUCAUCGAUGAAUCUGUAUGAUCACACAAUGUUUUGGGGAAUCAAAUUUUACGUCGUGGUCUCAAAGGUUUUGAUCAUUGAUUUGAUAAAAGCUCUGGCCGAUACGCCAGAUUCUACCUCCUCGAUUUUUGAAGAGACGCCACAAGACAAGAAAGAGAUUUUAGAAAAGCAUAAAAUUGUUCCAAAAGUGUUGGCAUAUAUGCCGAAGUAUGUUCUCUCUGGUAGCUUUGAUGGCAAAGAGAUGUCUUUCGGAAACAGCUUCACUCCGGAUGAAAUCAGGAAGCCUCCUAUUUUUUUAGACUGGCCAAUCAACGGGACAAAAGCGCUUUAUUGUUUGCUUGCGAUAGGUAUAGAUGUUCCAAACGAGAAAAAACCAAAGUUGCGGGAUUUUAGGCACUGGUUUGUCGGUAACAUUCCCGGAACUGACAUAGCAAAAGGACGGACGUACCUCCCAUAUAUUGGUGCAGGCGAUUUUCUAGACCAAGGUUCACAUCGGAUUGUAUUUGUAGUAUUCCAACAACCCGGUAGUAGGAGAAUCAAAUUUUACGAAAGAAAACUCACAAAAAUGGUGCCAAUAAAUAGGGCAAGAGGGAACUCGUCGACACUGAAGUUUGCCGAAAAAUACAGCUUGAGAGAGCCGGUGGCAGCCAACUUCCUCACAGUUGAGACGGAUGUGCCUCAGUCAACGACGGACUACUACGCUCAUACGACGAUCGAAGUGCCCCCAGACUGGGAGGGCAUCAGCAUGAACCCGCAAAUGGUAGGCCUCACCAUCCCCUCCAUCCCAAGCGACGAGGAGUUCGAGAAGGAACUGAAGCUGAGCAGGAGUGAAAGACGAAGAGGGAAGAAGUCGAAGAAGAAGGUGGAGGAAGAAAAAUCAGGACCUUACGCUGAUUAUUAUGAAGAUGACGAUGACGAUGAUAAUGAUGAGGGAGAUGAAGAUCAAGUUAAGAAUGAGGACGAUGAAAGUGACAAAGAAAAAUACAAUAAAAAAAGUGAACAUGAAAAUAAGACGGAGGAUAAAAAGGAAAAGGAAAAUAAAGAUAAAAAGGAAAACGAAAAUAAAGAUAAAAAGAAAAAAGAAAACGAAAUAAAUGUUCUACGCAUGCACAAUGGAACUUCACUUGUAGACUCGGUCAACAAGAUUUGUGGUUUUCUUCUACAAGAUGAACUAGCCCGCCAUUACUCCUAUGAAGGUCAUAAAGGGAAGCGUGUCUUCAAAACUUAUGCAAUUUCUGACAUUAUCCUCGAUACUCUUCAUGCCUUCCACCCAGAUAAUGACAGGCCCGAGUGCCUGAAAAAAUGA